UUACAUUUGUAUGACAUUUUAGUUAAUACAAAUCAAAGAAUAUAUCAAGAUUUGAAUUUUGCUAAUUUUUUGAACUUUACAAGUUUAUAUUAUGAUUUAUUAUAUACAUUGAAAAUGAUUUUGUCCAGAGUUAGCAAGUUUAGGAGGAUUUUUUGUCAGAAUGUUUAUAUUAAAGCAACAUUAAAUUCCGGGAAAAACAACUGUAAAAUGGAUAGGCGCGCAAUGUGCAGUACAUGUCGACCACAAACUGAUUUAAAUAUAGCACAUGCCUUGCCAGGCGCAAUGACCAACUUUGUAAAGCUGGAAGUGGAUAAUUUUGGAGUAUUCCAAUCAAAAUCAGGAGAAAAAAAUGAAGUUAAACGAUUUACUUGGACAAGCACUAAUAAAGUUUCAGUUCAGCUUAUCACCUACGGCGGUACUAUUACUUCAAUAAAAGUACCAGAUAGGAAUGGAAAAGUUGCAGAUAUUAUUACCGGAUAUGACUGCGUCGAAGGAUACCAGGGAGCCAAUAACCCCUACUUUGGAGCAACAAUUGGAAGAGUGGCUAACAGAAUAGCAAAAGGAAAAUUUACCAUAGAUAAUGUCCAAUACAAGUUAGCAACAAACAACGGUCCAAAUCAUCUACAUGGCGGCCUUCAAGGCUUCGACAAAGUUUUAUGGAAAGACUACGUUAACGGAAAUCAGGUAGUUUUAACUUAUCAUUCAGCAGAUUUAGAAGAAGGAUACCCAGGAGAUCUUAAUGUGACAGUUACCUUUGAGUUAACAUCGAACAGUGAAUUUUUAAUCGACUACAAAGCAGUAACCUCCAAAGCCACUCCAGUCAAUUUAACCAACCACGCAUACUUUAACUUGGGAGGGCAUGGCUCAGGAGCUCAAGAGUUAUACAAGCACGAAUUUACCAUCAAUGCUGAUAGGUAUACUGAAGUGAAUCAAGAGGGAAUACCAACAGGAAAGAUACCUACGGUCUCUGGAACCAUUUUCGAUUUAAGAGUGCCAAAAGUUUUAGGAGAUGUUAUAUGUAAAGUUCCAGACUCCCCAGGAUACGAUCACAACUUUGCUAUUACCAGAGUACCUACUUCGGAUGUAGUAUUUGCGGCCAAAGCAUACCAUCCUCCCAGUGGACGAGCUCUAGAAGUAUACACUAACCAACCAGGUAUUCAAUUUUAUACUGGUAACUUUUUGCCAGAAGAUAACUCCAACCAAGGAAAAGGAGCGACUUUUCAGAAACAUGGAGCUUUCUGUUUGGAAACUCAAGUAUAUCCUGACUCUAUUAACCAGAAAAACUUCCCGAAAGUUCUGGUGUAUCCUGGCGAAGUGUAUCACCAUUUUACCAGUUUGAAAUUAUUAACCCUGUAAAAUAAGA